CGCAUAGUAUGUUGUUGCUAACCCUCAAUGUUAAAUUUGAAGAGGGCUUGUCGGAAGGUCUUUGAAGUUAGAAAGUUUCGGUAAAAAACAUAGUAACCACCUUAAAAAAGUGGCCAUAGGGCACGCAUACAUUUUUUUUAAUUUCGUAUAAUUGUCAAAAUUUGUGUAUUAUGUAUAAGGUGAUUACCUUAUACAUGCUAUAUAAAACAAAUGUAAUUGAGAAUGACAAGGGUUACAUGAUAGAAGAAAACCGUCAGCGGGGUCACAUCGGACGGUAAUUUAACAAAAAUAAAUGUUUGAUAAUGUUUUUAAAAUUAAGCGGGAAAAUUCAAAAUGUCGAAUUUUUUAUGGUUUUACUUGAACAAGGGUACAGGCUUCAGGAGUACAUUUAUGGAAUAGAUGUCACUAAAAUCGUAUUGCUGAGGGUUGUGGGGGGUGCCCUCUAAUGAACUAUUUUUCUAAAAUUUGUCUCCCAGAAGAGUUACGACGGUAUAUUUGAAGGGACUAUGUAAAGCACUUUUACAUGUAGCAACGAGAAACAAUUGAGUGCUAAUCCACUAAAAUAAGGAAAAAUAGUGCUUUUCAGUAGCUUUACUGCAAACUUGUAAAUAGCAAUGAAUCUAUUUUAGAGAAGUUCGAUCUGUUUUGUAAUUGUAUAAGAUACUCUUUAAAGUGGGGCGUCCCACCAAGGUCAGUUUAAUACAUAAGAGAGGGGAUUUCAAUUUUUUGAACAUGCCAGGAUGUACAUAUGACACCUUCAUGUAUUGUAAACCGCAUUUCGGAAGCAUUGCUACGACUCUGUUUAUUAUCUUCACGAAACAAGCCGAUGCGAAUAAGCCACUCUACAGUUUGCGAUUAGUCAUGAAAGUUUUACUCAACUCAUGAGUAGUGUGUAUAUCAACUCGGCUGUUUUCAAUUGGCAAUAGAAAAAUCCAAAUUAAGAUAUCAACAGCUUUUUAAAUUGGAACCAGUCUAGUAUAAGCAACCAUACCAAAAUUCACCCAACAUGUCGCUACUUUUCAACUUUUUGACACUUUAUCUAAUUCAGAGCAUAACAGUGUCUGUACUUGCAGGAUUUGAACAAAACGAAUAUGUCCUUGACACAGAUUUCAACCCGUUGCCCCUUCGUCUCGAUCAAGUUUACUCCAUCGUCAACACCGCCACGAGGUACCCACUCCUCCACGUGGACAACAGAGGGACAAACAUCACCCACCUAAACCACUGGUGGAAAUUCGUCCACAUUUCUGACAACGUUUACCACCUCACAAUCCAGGACGUGACGCUGUCAAAAAUCGCACCACGAUGGGGAAAGGACAUCCGUCUGAUAAAAGUCGGUCCCGACACAUACCACAUGCUCCCCGUUUUGUGCUACAUUUUCCGCAAGAUGCCCCCACACGACCCCAACGAGCAUAUUUAUGUCGACUAUUUCGACAACAAUGGGCGUGACCAGAGCGAAUGCGUGAACCGAACGAGGGUCGAGGGGGACGGUUUUGUCACAAAUUUGACGAACGAAGGCGUCCACACGAAACCACGGGAGAUCUUGAACAAGGCAAAUUUCCUCUAUAGGAUUACCCCGAUUGGGGACAGGAUCAUAGAAAGGGUGAAAUCUGAGCAGUUUUCUAACGGUGGGAGGGUAGAGUUCUCAGCGAGCAUAGAAAAGGAAAAGUCUGCCGGUGAAAGUUUGAUCUUACCAGAGGUGGAAAUUAGGGAAAGUUGGGAUAAAGAUGAUGACAAGGCGGAGAAUGAUGAAGUCUCCACUCUAAAAUUCGUGUGCUCUGCGAAACAAAAUAUUGUAUUGGACAGGACCCUGUGGUCAUUUGUGGUCCUGAAAGACACAAAAUUCAGAUUGGAUUGGGUAUUGAGAGAAAGAAAUGAUAGUGAGGCCACUGGUGGUAGGUUAUCGAUCGAGGGAUCCCUUAUGGGCGACAGGAUAGGAAAACUUGUCCACUUGUCCCGUUCCGAAUGGACGUUGGAGUCUGACAUUUCGUCAGAUGACUAUUACAGCUACGAUGCUCCAAUCGAUACAUUUUACAUUGACGAAUUACCCACCUUGGGAAACACACAGGGUCAUAACUCAUCAAGGAAUUAUUUCUACUAUGCCAAUGAUACGAAUCGGGUAAAAUUCCACUACACGGAUAAUGCUGCUCGGAUUGAGAUAAGGCUUGGGAACGGAGCCAGCCCACCUGGAGACUUCAUUACAUGUGAAAGAGUUUAUGAAGGUUGUUUCCGAAAUGAAGUGGUAUUUUUGGGGCACAGAAUCGAAAAACAAUGCAUGAUGAUGAUGGUAAUGCUAAUUUUAAUCUGGUGCGCCCUGAUAACUUAUCUCAUUCGGAGAAGGCGACAAAGGAAUUGGGGAUAUUUUGGAAACCAUGAUGGAAUAAUAAUUGCAUCGUUAUCCAAACCCGAUGGGAAAUCUGAGAAAAAUUUCAAAUUCGUGGCUGGGAAACAAAUCAUGUCUUACAACCAAUUUUAGAUAAUAUCUGUGUACAGGAUAUUAGAUGUUUCUAAAAAAAUAAGCUGGAUAUAUUUAAUUAGAUGUUAGACUUUUGACAUUGGGCGUACUUACGACAAAAUUUUAUUAUGAGGUAUGUACGUGCCAAUAUUAUUAUUGGUCCUACUAAUAUAUCGUGGAUAUAUUUAUGUAGAUUCGAAAGAAAUAUGAUAUUACAGAAAAAUACAUAUUUGCAAAAUUCUGACUAUCGAACAAAACUUCACCUGCUCAAUCUGUGAGAUAUUUGAACAUUGUCGUGAGUACGCCCACUACGGAUGAAUAUCCCGACGAUGGUGAUUACCUGGUGAGAGUUUUUACGAAAAAGUCAGUGGUAUGAGUACUGGACUACUCGUAGUACAGAGAUUUAAGAAGUAAUCUGUUGUCCAACUUUAUCUUAUUUAUUACCUAAAGCAUAACAGGGUUUCUUAAAGUAUGUGAAGAAUCUGAAAAUUUAUCCACUAUAAAAUGUCUCAUUAGUUCAACAAUCUUGUACGUAGAAAUAUUUAGAUAGUCACAUUGUAAGGAUACAGUUCUACUGUGCCAAAUAUUUAUGUAUAUGUACGUUUUGAAAUGUUAAUCUAUUCUGAAUAUUUGAUCCAUUGAAACAUGGAAUUUGUACACCUGAAGUCUGAGUGCAUACCGGACAUGAUUACAUAUUAUGUAUAGAUACAUUUGUUAGAUUAAGAAUCAUGAAAUUUUAGUUGCUGUGUAGUUACAUAUUCACUGGUCAUCAACCUGAUUUUUUAAUUUAUGACUUAACCUGUGAUACAAAAAAUAUCUAUAUCCAUGUGUACAUACAUAUGUAUGUAUGUGGAUGUAUAUAUGUAUUUAUAUUUAUACUCGUGAUAUUUACGUAGAACUUUAAGAAGUUCCUUACUGCUAUAACCUCUUUAGAAAAUCUCAAAAUUAUUAAAUGUCAUUCCUAUUAAAUGUUAAAAAAUAUGUUUAAAAGUUUUUAAUGCUACUAGUCCAAUUUCGUAUGAAACUUUUAAUCGACUCGUUAAUAACUUUGGUGCAAAAAUGAUAUGAUUGCUGUGAACUUUUACCGUCGUAUGUAAAACUAAUACUUGCAAGUAAUCGUUCAAGUAACAAUUAUCAUUCGAGAUCUCAAAAAAAUUGCAAGCAAAGUUUAAGCAGAUAAGUAAUUAGCCUUGUCUUGUAAAGGUGACUCAUUUAUAAAUUUGUGCUGUGAACUGUGAGCUUUUUGUUAUGUACCUCUAAUUGUUAACGUAGUCGUUUAUUAACAUUGAUGCUGAUAUUCGGCAGAAAUUUAGUAGAAUUUAGCUUUAAAGGUUUCUCUAUAUAUGUAUGUACUUGUAUCGCUUAAAUUAAAGCUGCAAAAUCUGAAUCUCUAUAAUAUGUGGUGUUCUUUGGUAAAUUUAAACAAUUAACCAGAUAUUUAUCUAGUAAAUAUACUAAGAUUACAAUUUCGUUCUCUUCAAAAAUUCUUGUAAAUACUUACAUACGUACAUAUUUAUGUAAAUAUAAAACAUUGUAGUAAAUCCUGCAAGUUCAAAUAAAAUAUAGUUCACUUGAAAA